CAGAGAGAGUCUGAGGAGGAGAACGACGCCGGAACCGAUUCACCUGGACUCACCUGGACUCUGCCGCCAGGCUGAGCUGGACCGAUCUGGACUGGGCUGGACCUGGUCGACCUGCAGCGGAGAGACACCGACUCACACACAGGUCUCAUCAUCUGGCCGCGGCCGCCACAGCGUUACCGUGGCGAUGUUCCGCCGCAGGAAGAAGAAGCACAGGCUGCAGAUCUCAGCGCCGCAGGACUUCCAACACCGCGUCCACACAUCAUUCGACGUUGCCACAGGACGCUAUGUGGGUCUGCCUCCACAGUGGCAGAGCGUCAUCGACACGCUGAAGAGGCCCCGCCCCCUGGUGGACCCCUCCAGGAUCACUGAGGUCGAACUCGUACCAAGGAAGACGAUCGUCCGCGGCAGCUUCAUCGGUCACGGCGACUACAUCAGUCACGUGAUCUCGGAGAUGAACCGUCUGUCCGUCUCCAGCUCCAAUUCUCUGCGUCGCAGCAGCCCGUCGGCACGGAAACGGGCCCGCUCGCUGGGCCGGCUGGGAGAACUGGCCGAGGACGAGUCGUAUCAGUACGAGGAGCUCAAUCGCCAUGGCAACAGCGUAAAGAGCGGCGGGACCUCCACCUACUGGCAGGACCGAAUCCGACAGGUGCGCAGCGAGAGCGGCAGCCCCAAACUGAACGGAGCCCUGCAGAGAGCCAAGUCCACCUGCCAGAUGGGCUCUCCGUCCGAGGCCACAUCCCCCACACCUGCCACACCUCAGAGGACAGGUGAGUCAGCUGGACGGUACGCCCGUAGUGAGGGGGCGGUGCUACGACAGAGGCCGACCUCGUGUCACUACAACCAGCAGACUGUGGACACCAGCAGGGCUCAGGUGAGGCUGAGACCAGCUGCCAACCACCUGCCAGACCUGCUGUCCUCCUCCAGAGAAACUCCCAGAAGGCCACACUCCUCCUAUGACCUCAAGAUUAACUCCCCCACCUCUCGUCUCCUGCUGCCCCCCCCCAACAGCACCAGCAGUCCCAUCAUCACAGGUAGAGGGAUAAAGCUGUCAGACUUUGGUUUCUGCGCUCAGAUCAGCAAAGACGUCCCCAAGAGGAAAUCUCUGGUUGGGACUCCGUACUGGAUGGCUCCUGAGGUGAUCUCCAAAAUGCCGUACGGGACUGAGGUGGACGUCUGGUCCCUGGGCAUCAUGGUGGUGGAGAUGGUGGACGGAGAGCCGCCAUAUUUCAGCGACACACCCGUCAGCGCCAUGAAGAAGCUGAGAGACGAACCAGCACCGAACGUCAAGAACAUCCAGAAGGUGUCUCCAGUGCUGAAGGACUUCCUGGGCUGCAUGUUGACUCGCGACACGUUGCAGCGAAGCAGCGCCGCCGACCUGCUGGAGCACCCGUUCCUGCUGCAGGCUGGGACGCCGCGCUGCCUGGUGCCGCUGGUGGAGCAACACCGCAAACGCAUGUCGCUCUGCUAAACACCCUCAUGUGGAGAUACCAGAAACUCAGCUGAGACUCACUUGAGUUAGCCUCUGACACUCACCUGAACAUUGAGGCUAGUUUGGCUGCAGCAGCUCAACUUCAGUGGCUUUGUUUUUACAGAUGUUACACGUUAGCUCACUUCUGAUUGGCUGCUAAGGAGCCACAGACUGCAGCAGCUAAUCACGUACCUGGGCUACUGUAAGCCCCUCCCAUUUCAGGUGCCUGUCAGAGCUCCUUCUGCCAAUCAGGUGAGUGAACUCAGUCUGAGGGGAGCAGUAGGCCUGAACUCUGAGGGUCUAGAGGUCACUUCAGGAUGUGACCUUUGACCUCCGGCUACAGGUUAGUUUGUUUAACCUGAAACAGCUGAUGUUCCCCCUUUAUGAUGACAGUUUGUCCACAGUUUUCUGUGAGUGAGCAGAAGUUUCAACUGGACAAACCUGUUUUUACCUGCUACCUGAGCUCCUGAGUGCUGCUCCCGGUUUGACUUUUGACCUCCUGUUCUGUAAUUUUUAACAGUAAAAUGGAGGAUUUGAACUUUUGAACAUUUCAGAUUCCUUUAUGUUUCUACAGAUCAUUUUAUAAGCCAUAAAAAACAAAUAUCAAAAAAGCACAUUUCUAACUUAGCGUUAAAGACAAAUUCAAGCCUUUAACAAGAAAAAAAAGUCAAACAAAUGAAUGCAGGAUUCUGUUUUAAAGCAGUUUUAGUCUGAUUCUGAUUUCAGAUCAGCUGCAGACACAUUUCAGGUCAGAAUUUCUGUUAAGAACAACUUCACAGGAAUGUAUAAAUGUAAAAAAGUGUUAAAAAAUUAAGGACAAUUUUUAUUUCUCUCAGCUGAGCAGGAGAGGAUUCUCUAAAUUCAAGAAGCUCUGUAUCAGAGCUUUAUUUUUAUAAGAAAAUCAAAACAGAACAUUAAUAUGUCUGCGCCCAGAAACACAACAGAAAUCAAAUUGUCAGUAAAAUGUCAACAUAUAAAAUGAUGUAACAGCUUCAGUUUUAAUGAGUAGUUAAUUACAUUCAGGUUAAUUAGGUUAUGCAUAGAGAUUAUGUUUGUUAUGGAUUAACUGACUAAUCAUUUGGUCUGUAAACAUCAAAAACAGAUAAAUUUCAUGUCUUUUUGUUUGAUUAUCUGGUAAAAUUAAUUUCAUCUUGACACCAUGUUCGCAUGUUUCUGUUCACAAACGUGCAUAUUGAGGAUUUUUUUUUUUUCCUGUGACGAUGAUGAAAAGCUCUUCCUCGCUGUUCGUGUUAUAAACUAAGAGGUGGAUUUAUUUUGAAAACUUGCACAGUUUGAAUGUGACCUUGCACAUAUUAGUGACAUGUUCGAAAUAAUAAACCUGAUGUAUUUAAAGUGUC